AAUCCCAAAACAAACACUUUCCUCAUUUAAUUCACCACCACCACCAAGAUUCCAAACCCACAAAUUUUCCCUCCAUCAUCAAUUCACACACACACACACUCAACUGAAGCAAGAACCUUCUGUUCAUCUUCUUGCAUGAAUCAUCACCACCCCCACUGCUUCUCAGCCAUGCAGCCGCCGACAUCUUCUCUCUCUCCAUUCUCGCUCCUCCUCCUCCUCCUCCUCCUCUCCUCAAUCCUCCACCCCUCUCUCGCUCUAAACCAAGAGGGCCAAAUCCUGCUGGCGGCCAAGCUCCCCCUCCCCGGCUGGUCCGCCGCCGCCGCCACCCCCUGCAACUGGACCGGCGUCGCCUGCGACUCCCGCGGCUCCGUCGCCUCGCUCGCCCUCGACGGCGCCUCCCUCGCCGGUUCCUUUCCCAUCUCCCUCUGCAGCCUCCCUUCUCUCUCUAACCUCUCUCUCUCCAACAACUACCUCAACUCGUCGCUCCCCGCCGCCAUCUCCGCCUGCCGGAAUCUCGCCACCCUCGACCUCUCCCAGAAUCUGCUCGUGGGCCCCCUCCCGCCCUCCCUCUCCGACCUCCCUUUUCUCAGGUACCUUAAUCUCGAGGGAAACAGUUUCUCCGGCGAGAUUCCGCCGUCUUUCGGCGGUUUCCGGCGGCUCGAAACCCUAAUUCUCACCGAGAAUCUCCUCAGCGGCGCCAUUCCGGCGGCUCUCGGCAACAUCACCACUCUCAAAAAGCUAGUCCUUGCCUACAAUCCAUUCUUCCAAAGCCCAAUUCCACCGGAGCUAGGCAACCUCACUAACUUGGAGGAGCUCUGGCUGAGCGACUGCAGCCUCACGGGCUCGAUCCCCUCGAGCUUCGGCCGGCUGCAGCGCCUCCGGAACCUGGACCUCUCCGAUAACGUGCUGUCCGGGCCGAUACCGAGCCACAUUGUGGAGCUCAUUAGCAUAGAGCAAAUGGAGCUCUACAACAACUCAUUUAGUGGCCCAUUGCCUCAUCUAGGAUGGUCUAAUCUGACUAAAUUAAGAAGAUUCGAUGCAUCGAUGAAUCAUUUGAGUGGGAUCAUCCCAUUUGAGCUCUGCGGCUUGCCCCUCGAGUCGCUCAACUUGUUCCAGAACGAGCUCGAGGGGAUGAUCCCCGAGAGCAUCACCAGAUCGAAGAACUUGUACGAGCUGAAGCUGUUUGGGAAUCCCCUCACUGGCUUGCUGCCGAGGGAGCUUGGCAAGAACUCGGCCUUGCAGAUUAUAGACGUGUCGUACUGCAAUCUCACCGGUGGGAUCCCGGAGUUCCUGUGCUGGAAUGGUGCUCUUGAGGAGCUGGUCUUGAUAUACAACGCGUUCUCGGGGAGUAUCCCUGCGAGUCUUGGAAAAUGCAGGACCCUGCAGAGGGUUAGGUUUCGUGGGAACGGGUUCUCCGGGGAGGUUCCGGGUGAGUUUUGGGGGCUGCCUGAUGUCUACCUGCUCGACCUCGAUGGGAACUCGUUCUCAGGAGGCGUGUCCCCGUUGAUUGCAGGGGCGAGGAACCUGUCCACGCUGUCAAUCUCGAGCAACAGAUUCUCCGGGAGCUUACCGCGUGAGAUUGGAUCUUUGGAUGCCUUGAUUCAGCUCUCUGCGCGUAACAACGAGCUCAGUGGCGAAAUCCCGAACUCCAUUGUGAAUUUGAGGCAGCUUGGGAGUCUUGAUCUAAGCAACAAUGGUAUUUCUGGUGGAAUACCUAAUGGAAUUCACCAUCUAAAGCAGUUGAAUGAGCUUAACUUGGCUCAAAAUAGGCUAUCUGGUCCCAUCCCUGAUGAAAUUGGGAGCUUACCUGUGCUGAACUAUCUUGAUCUUUCGCGUAACGGAUUAUCCGGGGUGAUCCCGUUGUCGUUGCAGAAUUUGAAGCUCAAUAAGCUGAAUUUGUCGAGCAAUCUGCUCACGGGGAACGUGCCUCCUCUCUUUGCUAGUGAGGUUUACCGCGAUAGCUUUCUUGGGAACCCGGGGCUCUGCAGCGACGCCUCUGGUGCGUGCAGUGUGGGUGUGAGUGAGCACGUUCGGGUCUUCUCGUGGAUGCUGAGGUCCAUCUUUGCUGCAGCUGCGUUUGUCCUCCUUGUUGGCGUGGUUUGGUUCGUGUUCAAGUACAGGAGGCUGGAGAGGAUGAGGAACGGAGCUGAUUUAACCAAGUGGACGUCGUUCCACAAGCUGGGGUUCAGCGAGUUUGAGAUCACGGAUUGCUUGAAGGAGGCGAACGUGAUUGGGAGAGGCGCCUCGGGGAAGGUCUACAAGGUGGUGCUGAGCAACGGGGAGGCCGUUGCUGUGAAGAAGCUGCACGAGAGGGACGGGGGCAGCUUCAUGAGCAGCAACGACAACAGCAGCAGCCUUGAUUCGGAUAGUGAUGGGUUUGAGGCGGAGGUGGAGACGUUGGGGAGGAUACGGCACAAGAACAUAGUCCGGCUGUGGUGCUGCUGCAGCGCGAGGAGGUGCAAGCUCUUGGUUUACGAGUACCUCCCCAACGGGAGCCUAGGCGACCUACUGCACAAGGGCACGAAGAAGUUGUUGGGCUGGCCAACGAGGUUCAAGAUCGCGUUGGAUGCUGCCGAGGGGCUCUCGUACCUGCACCACGACUCCGUGCCCCCGAUAGUCCACAGAGACGUGAAGUCGAACAACAUAUUGCUCGAUCAUGAGUUCGGAGCUAAGAUUUCCGAUUUCGGAGUUGCCAAAGUGGUGAAGACAGCCAGCAAUGGUGUUGAGUCCAUGUCUGUUAUUGCUGGCUCUUGCGGCUACAUUGCACCCGAAUACGCGUACACGCUGCGUGUGAACGAGAAGAGCGACAUAUACAGCUUCGGGGUGGUGCUGCUCGAGCUCGUGACCGGGAGGCCGCCCGUGGAUCCCGAAUACGGGGAGAAGGACUUGGUGUCGUGGGUCCGGGCCACGUUGGAGUCGAAAGGGACUAGCCACGUGGUCGACCCGGAGCUCGACUCGGGGUUCGAGGAGCACAUCUGCAGGGUUCUUGAUGUUGGGCUGCUCUGCACUAGCUCCCUCCCCAUCAAUCGCCCUUCAAUGCGUAGGGUUGUGAUUAUGCUGCAAGAGUUGGGUGCUAAUAUGCCUAAUUUGAAAGAAAAGGAGGCCAACAUUUUCACUACAUUUGACAAGAAUUUGGGAUAAAAAAACCGAAGGUUUCAUUUGAAUUUAGUCUAGUUUUAGACAUUGUGAUGAACAUAGAUUAUGUUUUAGAUUAGAUGAUAUGGAUUAUCAAUUGGUGAGUUUUGAUGUUUUUUUUAAAUCCGAAUUUAAGCACUAAUGUGAUAUUAUAAAAUAUUAUGAAACA